ACUGGCUUCCCUACGUGAUGCGCAUGCGCGUUCUGGAAGAUUCGUCCUCACGUGUAGAACCUUCCCUAGGUGAACAGACCGGUCUACAGUCACGAUUCCAAGACCUGCAGCUUCACGCACAUUGUCACGGCGGUAACAACGAAAAGAAGAAAAUGGCCUUUAGGAAAUUCCUGCCUCUGUUUGACCGUGUGCUGGUUGAGCGUUUCACAGCAGAGACUGUGACCAAGGGCGGCAUUAUGCUGCCAGAGAAGUCUCAAGGCAAAGUGCUGCAGGCCAUGGUGAAGGCAGUAGGACCUGGCUCCGUAAACCAGGAUUUCUACAACUGGCCGGAUGAGUCAUUUGAGGAAAUGGACAGCACACUUGCUGUCCAACAGUACAUACAACAGAACAUUAGAUCGGACUGCUCAAAUAUUGACAAAAUUCUGGAACCUCCAGAGGGUCAAGACGAGGGCGUGUGGAAGUAUGAACACCUAAGGCAGUUUUGUCUGGAGCUAAAUGGACUAGCUGUAAAACUACAGAGCGAGUGUCAUCCUGACACCUGCACCCAGAUGACAGCUACAGAGCAGUGGAUCUUUCUAUGUGCUGCCCAUAAGACACCCAAAGAGUGCCCUGCCAUUGACUACACCAGGCACACGCUGGACGGAGCUGCCUGUCUUCUUAAUAGCAACAAGUACUUUCCCAGCAGGGUGAGCAUCAAAGAAUCGUCCGUGGCCAAGUUGGGCUCCGUCUGUCGCCGCAUCUAUAGGAUAUUCUCUCACGCCUACUUCCAUCACCGCCAGAUAUUUGACAAGUAUGAGAAUGAAACGUUCCUGUGUCACCGCUUCACACGCUUCGUCAUGAAGUAUAACCUGAUGUCCAAGGACAACCUGAUCGUUCCCAUCCUGGAGGAGGAGGUUCAGAACACCUCAUCAGCCGGCGAGAGCGAGGCCUGAGGCGCUGACGAUGCUGUUGCUGCCGCUGCUGCCACCGCUGGUGUGAGGGAGAGAGGCGCAUUAAACACACAUUUGAUCUCGACACAGUACGGAGGAGACAUUCACACACACGCGCGCACACACACACAAACAAACACAUAUUGGGGUACACACUACAGUGG